UAGAUUGCCAGUCAAGCUUGUUGGGAUCGACAGUGUUCCAAGCAGCCCAACGUCUUACAAAAUGGAAGAGAACCUAAGGGUACCUAAGUCGUUACACCAAACAAUAUCAAUGUUUUUAUAAAUAGUCUGCAAAAUGCUCAGAUGCGCUCUUAAGAAAAACAAUCAUAAGUCGACUAUUGGGGAUCAAGUACAAUGGAUAAACGUAAUAAUUCUAAAAAUGAUACAUAUCUUGAUGUAAUUUUCUUGAGAGCGUCUUGUAAAGAUCAUAGCUCAUCCCUUUUUAAAUGUUUUGGUGUAGGUCGCCGCGUUGUUUUGAUCAUGAAUUGAAUGCAUAAACCACAAAAAAGAUUUUUACAAUUGAAAUUGGAUUGAUAUUAAUGGAUUUAGUUUUCAGCUAACAUCACAAUACUAUUUUGUGGCAUCCAUUAUUUUGAAUACUUUUCUAUUUAUCUCAUUGCAGCAAUUAAAUUUCACUUUGCGAUUACAUUAUAGGGGAAACUUUGUAGCAACACGUUUAAAUUUCACAACUCAACAAAAGGCUACUUGUGAACUCAAAUUAUCUGAUUAAAAGACAAAGCUAAUCGUUUUAUUAAUCAGCUAAGCAACAUAAAAAGCAAGAAGGACUUUUUAUUCAUUUAUGUUUUUUUCUGCAUAUGCUUUUUUCGCGAAAAGCGAAAAUCAACGUGAGACCCUAGUAAACAAAGAACACGCAUUUGUUUUUGAAUUGGUCAUUAUAGCAAAUCUAGCUCCCCUGUGGACAUCAAGAGACAAACGAAAGGAAACUCAAAUCGUGCAGAGAAAAAUAAAUAAAUUCACAGAGACGAAAGAGAAAUUUGCUAUCGAGGGACGUGCCCUCCCUCUCCGGGAGUAUUUGAAAAAAUUGAGUUCAACUAAGGUGCUUGAAUGAAGUACAAAAUGCAUUUGUUCUUACUUUAUUUCCAACAUUUUGCAGCUUAUUCAUGCCUGAGAUAAUAGUGUCGAUAAUCUCUUAUUAAACAAUUAGUAUAAUAAUAAUAAUAAUUGUGUACAUUACAGUUAAUUUAAAUAUUUUUAUUAAUAUUUUUUUGCUCGCCACGACAGAGAAAACACUGUAGCAGAGAGCAAUUGAACAAUGAUAAAGAUUAUGAUUAUUUUAGGAAACUUUCAUAUGUCAAGUGGUUUUAAAGAGAUCAUUUUUAUCACUCAUUUGAUGAUCACUUCUAAAUAUUCCCUUUUCAUCUUUAAAGGAUAGGGAGAUCGAAAAGAUUAGUCAUUUGGGUCAUGAUAAGAAUUCCGAACACGAAUAUGAAAAUUCUGGGAAAAAAAAUAUUGUUACAUAUAUUGUCUAUAUUUUGUACAUAAAUAUGUAUUAUAUAUGGUGGGUGUCUGUGUUUUCUGCAGUCAAUCUAGGGGGUUACUUAUAUGGAAUCCGACUCCUGGCCUUACGACCGUCGGGUCAGGAGAAGUUGACCAAUGAGGGUUAAUUGAUCUUCCUCGAUUCAAACAGUAUGUUAACAAUCAGCGUCAACAAUCGAUACAUCUCUAAGGAAUUUCGAGGAGAGUACCAGCAUGCUUUGCGGUCUCUCCUUCACGAGGUUUAUCGCUAGCCUAAUGGUCAGUUAACGUUCCACGCUUUAUUGGAUAAAAAAGCUAAAAGGACUUUACUUGGGAAUAUUUGGGUGAGGAGGGACAUUGAGUUAAAGGGAUUAUGUGUUUCAAAUAAACAGUUUCGGCAUAAGGACAUAAGGAUAGUCAUAAAAUAUCAAUAAUGCACUCUUGAUGUCGUCAGAUUGUUGUGAAUUGUUCCACAAGUGGAUGCAAAGUUUUGGUGCUUUUUGCGCAUGCUUGUCAAAAUAAUGAUCGUGUUAAACGACCUUAUUUGUUAACACAUAGCGACUUAAAAAUGGCAGCCAAGAUGUAUCUUAUGUUGUCUUCAACCGUUUUAUUGAGUAUUUAUAGAAAAAUUUACGCAGCCAGGACUUUCUGGGAGGAGGAAGGUGCGCGAAUUAGGCGAUUUUGUUUCGUAAGAAAAGACUACUUUCCGAGGUCGAAGUGAUUGUAAUGCAUCAAGCGCCCUAUAACCCCCACGUAAAUCUAAACGUCCUAUGUUAUACAAAAGUACCAUUUAAAAUAGGGCUGGCCUUGGGAAUUUACUUCACAACUAAAAAUGCUCUGAUGGCCCCUGGCUGGUAUCCAUGGUAACCUCGCUAUUAAAAAAAUAUAGAUAUUUGAAUAUUUCAUCGGUUUUAUUUUGUAGUUGAGUUGUGUUUUUAUCUUACUAAUAGAUCUAAUUGUAUUUUUGUAGAGUAUUGAUUCAAGAGUUCAUCAUCACGUCCUUUAUCAUUCUAUGACUUUUAAGUCAAGUUAAAACUUUAAUAUAGAAUCAAAACAUACUAAAUUCAAGAUCCCCUAGGGCUCACUCCCUUUGGUAUUUUUCUAAAGAAAAGAAUCCAUUCUUCGUCGAUGUUAAUGGCACUAAACAGGAAAAUAUACCUAUAAGAGUCAUAACACAUCCGUUUUCUAUUUUCGAGAUACCAAUCUAUUAGUCGUGCUAUAACAAGUCGAAUUAGUUUGUUUCCCUGUCUAUUUACGAAGAUUGCAUCUGAUCUUCUGCAAUCGAAAUGAAGUGAAAAACGUCCGUUAUCAGGUCCAAUACACGCGUUUGUACAUGCGUGAAUCGUGCGACAGGAAAGCGUCAAUACCGCGUUUUGUGCGUCAACAUAAGAAAACCGGUGACAGGAUAUAAUUUUCACGAGGGUCUCCGGGCUAUUUUCUGUCAUAGAGAUAUCUCACUAGUAAUUUCUAAAACAUACUUUAUUAAGCGGUAAGUAUCUUCAUAACAAAAACGUGGCCGGGAGCUUUCCUAAGGUGUUUCGUAAGUUCACCUGACUGCGACAGGAAUCGUCUAUAAUACUAAAAGUCCGGUUGUCAAGUCCUUCGUGAGCUGGUUGCGGUAUUUUGGUGUCUUUACCCAGCAGGUAAGCUUGUUUAUUAAGGGGCCCUAGUUUGUGCUUUCCUCAAUGUGUUAUUUGUUAAGCUGCCUUAUACAAAAUGAAUACUGUUUAACUACUCCCGCUGGUUGUCACUUGGUGCUGAGACUUUUUUUUUCGCAGCAGUGUAUAUGAAUAACUCGAGUUGCUGGUUGAUGUCUACGUGUAAAGCUAUUAUAGGCAAGCUCUUGCAAUUAGCGGGCUGCGCCCCGGAAUAGAGAUGUUGUAGAAACAGCGUUAGACGAGGCCAAAUAUAUGUCAAUAGAAAAUCACAAAGGAGAUGUUGCCACUGAAAGACGCGCUCGUCGUGGCGCUGUUCAGCGUGCUGUUCGCCGUGGACGUGAUCGGCAACUCUCUCCUCUGCUAUAUCAUCCUGACAAGCACGCAACUCAAGCGUCACACGCGAGACCUUGUCGUUCUUAAUCUCAGCUUCGCGGACCUCCUUGUCGGCAUCUUCUUCUUCCCACGCCACGUGCUCCGCCACGCCUUCCGGGGUCUCCACCAGCCUUACGCUGAUUGGCUGUGCAAAUUCGUCACGGGGGGUAACGUGGCGUGGAUUGCCGCGGCGGCUUCAAGCUUCUCGUUGGUCGUUCUUGCACUUGAGCGAUUUUACGCGGUUAUGUAUCCGUUUCGUCAACGCUUUACCCUUCGUAAGGUUAAAAUUACUGUGUUAACGUGCUGGCUAUACGCCACUUUGUUCAUGCUGCCGUUGUUUCUCGUGGUAGAGUAUGAUCUCAACAGUGGUUCUUGUUCAGAGAAAUGGGCGGAUCUGGAGGCGGCGGGGGCGUUUUCGACCCUCACUCUCGUCUUCCUGCUCAUAAUUCCAUUGCUGAUAAUGACUAUUCUGUACGGACUUGUCAUCCACAAGCUAUGGUUCAAGUCGUCCACCCAGACUAUUCAACCCACGCAGCUGGCAGUAGAGAAAACCAGGAAAACUGUCACGAAAAUGCUUUUGAUUGUAACAGUCAUUUACGUUGUCUGCUGGUCUUCGGAUCUCAUUCUUUACAUGCUGCUUGCUUCUCAGUGGAACAGUAAUGAUCCUAUUUAUAGCCUUCCCGAGGCUUUAGUGCUGCUCAACUCCAGCGUAAACCCGAUCAUUUUCACGAUUUACAGCCAGCGGUUUCGCCAGAGCCUGAGAAGGGUUUACCAAAGGAAGCAAAGAAAAAACAGUAUUGGCGUGUUGGGCAGCGACGGCGAUAAAGGCCAUCACCGAAACAGCGCCGACACCCGCCCAGUGCCACGGAUGGAACUCAGUAUACAAACACUGUCAAACAGGGAGGUGGUGAAUUGUGAACGGAUCACAAAUGCCAAUGAAUCAGCCGCGCACAAAACGUGCGAAGCGGGACAGGAAAACGAACAGAAUUGUGAACUAGAAGAGGUCAAACUGUAGACCGGUCGAACGCGGAGAGUGGGCUAGGGAACGCUGGCGAGCGCAAAGAGCAAAACAGGGCGAGCGCAGAUAGUAAAACCGGGCGAGCGCAAAGAGUAAAACAGGGUGAGCGCAGAUAGUAAAAUCGGGCGAGCCCAAGGAGUAAAACCGGGCAAGCGCAAGAGUAAAACCGGGCGAGCGCAAAGAGUAAAACCGGGCGAGCGCAAAGAGUAAAACCGGGCGAGCGCAAAGAGUAAAACCGGGCGAGCGCAAAGAGCAAAACCAGGCGAGCGCAAAGAGCAAAACCGGGCGAGCGCAAAGAGCAAAACCGGGCGAGCGCAAAGAGCAAAACCGGGCGAGCGCAAAGAGCAAAACCGGGCGAGCGCAAAGAGCAAAACCGGGCGAGCGCAAAGAGUAAAACCGGGCGAGCGCAAAGAGCAAAACCGGGCGAGCGCAAAGAGCAAAACCGGGCGAGCGCAAAGAGCAAAACCGGGCGAGCGCAAAGAGCAAAACCGGGCGAGCGCAAAGAGCAAAACCGGGCGAGCGCAAAGAGCAAAACCGGUCGCAAAAAUUAAAACAAGGGUCAAGUAUUAGCUCAAUUAUACAAAUAAUAAUGAGCUGAUGAACAAGUAAUAAAAUAAAAAAUAUAAAAUAUUACACUAUGUGUUUUAAACGAUAAGAAUAAUUUUCGCUUGCUAUCAGAAAAUACAUGGUAGAUAAAUACAUAUGUUUGGUUUCAGUUAACAAUUAAAAGUGUAAGUUACGUUA